CAGAGGAACAGAGCCGCGCCGUGUGGGCGCGCCGGCUGACUGCCUUGUGGAGGAGGCGGCGCGGGGCGCGACAGCGGACGGGAGGGAUGCAGCCGUUUUCCUCGCGCCGGUGGGAGCUGCGCUUCGGGGAUCUCUGGGAAAUCAACGAGCCCGCCACCUGAAGAUCUCCAUGGCAAGCGACGCGGAGCUCGGGUACCUGCGCCUGCCCGCUGAUGGAAUGGCCGUGACCGCACGCCGAGACGCGGAUGCCGCCGGGCAACCCGUACGCCGGUCGGACCAGCGCGGUGGCAUCGCCUGCCCCGCUCGGCUGGUACACGGCCCCGCGCGGUGGCAGCCCUGUGAAUUCGAGUUCGAGUUCAUUUCCAGUUCAGCCGGCGACAGCUGGUAAUCCGAGUCCGCCAAGAACCAGGAGCUCUCCGAUGAAUAAAAGCGCUUGCGGUCGGGGCAGCGGCUCCAACUCGAUUCGUUCGCCUCCUUCCCCGAUCCCCAGAUCCAAUCCAAGACACGCCAUCGAUGGCGGCGAAGGUGCUCCAGCUCCGUAGCUCCGACGGCAAGGUGCUCGUCGCUCCGGCGUGGGACUAUCGCCCGACCGCCGCCCAAGCCCUCCCGCUGGAGAUGCGGGUGCCCUCGCGCGUCCUCGAGAGGGUGCUCCAGUACUGGACCAAGCACAGCCUGGCCAAGGCCACCGGUGAGUCUCGGGAGUCCCUCGCCCGCUGGGACGCCGACUUCCAGCGUCGUCUCGAGGAAGACGGCCUCGCCAAGGAGGCUGCUGCAGCCGCCCAAGAACUCCGCCGCUACGGCGUCGACCAUGGAGGGCGUCCCCAUCGCCACGCCGCCACGGCCGCAUCUGAUGUCGCUGCUCGUGCCAAGGCGGCCCGUGCUGAUCCCGUCCGUGCCUGGUGCCCAUUUGUUCACCACCUCAAGGGUGUCAACCAAGGAGAACGCAGCCCUGCGCCGGCAAUGCCCGGCUCCUUCGAUGCCUCUGAUAUUGCCUCCGCGGCGCGCCCUGGGCCUGCCACCACCUUGCCGGCUGCUGCUGGUGCUGACCCUGUGGAUGUCCGGUGCGCCAUCCGUGCCCGUGGACGCCAGAUGGCUGAAGACGAGGAGUCCGCUUGCCACCACCGCAAGCGCCCGGCUUCCAAGGCUCCACUCUGCCUGCCUGCCACUGCUGUUGCGCCCGUGAAGAAGGUCUCUCGUCUCGUCGCUUCCAAGGCCCGCUCUUUCGUGGGCUCUACACCAUUGCCUGUCAUUGCUGCUGCGCCCAGUGUGAAGAAGGCGACUCCAGCUUCAACUCUGCGCGCAAGAAGGGGGAUGGGGGAGCUCAGCUGCAAGAUUCCGAAGCAAAACCGUGUCAACGCUGCAGCACCAAGGAAGCAACCUUGGGUGCGUCCAGUGGUAUUACGCCCUUGCUAGUCUUUUAACUUCCUAAACCAUUCACACAUGAGUAAAUGAAACUCAUGUGUUCUUUGAAUCCCUUUCAGUCAUUAGUAAUUUUACAAGAGUGUCAGCAGAGUCUCCAUCUAGUCUAGGCAGCAAAAACCUUGUUAAGAUGUGUACGGCAUAGUUACACUACAUCCAUACCUGGUCCUAAGUUAAGGGUUUAAGUAAAUAAAGGGCAUGUUCAAUAAAUCAAAGUAAAGCAGAUGAGCCCCAAAAAAAUGGAAACUCAUAUACUGCAAUUCCGGCAGGAGACAAAGCGUAAAACGCACUCGCUGCAAAAUGCAAAACGCCCGUUUGCUACCCGGCUUGUAGCAGGAAAAAAGGAGUAGAAUUGAACUUGUCGAUACACACGUAGUCUUGUGAGCUGCCUAGGGUUUGGAGACUAUGUUGACUCUCUUGUAAAAUUAAUCUUGCCUGAAUUGGAUUCUUAGGCACUGGCGUCUUGGUGAGUUAAAGUUGCAGUUUCCGACGAGUAACAUUGGUUAGUGAACUCUUCUGUGUAUGUGUGGGUGAAGCUUUGAGCUAAGCAAGUCCUCAAUGUACCGACUAUCAAGUCGCACUGUAAUCGAUUUCAGAUAUGAAUAAAAAAAUGUUGGCCUGAA